ACUUAUAUAUCUUUCUUUAGGAGAUGAAUUUGUUGAACUUUAUGUAUUAAUUGGUAAAACAUAUGAAAUAAAAUUUAUUUUUCAACAACUUAUUGUAUUAAUUAUUAACAAAAUAUAAGGUUAUAUAAAUGGGCUUGUAGCCUUGUAGGCCCAUGUAGCGAGGAAGCAUUGGGCUCCCUUAAAAUCUUUUCUCUUUUUCUUUUUGAAAAAUCCUGAAAUUCGAUUCCACAUUUGUUUUUUAAUCAGCACGUAAUUCAAUCAAAUUCUCUCGCUCGAUCGAUCAAAUUCUCAAGUUCAUUUUCAAUCAGAUUGGGGAAUUCGGCAGAGUAUCUGAUCGCAGAUUGAGAGUUAAAGUAUCUUAAACCGUCAUCAACAACUGACGCAGUACCAUGGACUCCAGCCAUCUUAACGAUGAUAAAUCGGAGAGCAGACUGUAUAUCGGUAACCUUGAUCUGAGAAUAACAGAGGCGACUCUGAUUAAGAUGUUUUGUCCAUAUGGAAAGAUUAUCUCUGAAGAAUUCCUAUGGCAUACUCGUGGCCCUAAACGUGGAGAACCACGUGGUUAUGCUUUUAUCCAAUUCGGUUCUAAAGAGGAAGCUAUAAGGGCCAAGGAGAAGAUGCAUGGGAGAAUGGCUUGUGGGCGACCUUUGGUUGUUCGUCUAGCAAGUGAGAAAGACCCUUUCGAAGGAUUAGCUAAUUCUUCCAAAAGUGUUGAAGGAACAAGGUCGUCUAGUCUUUCGGGUAGUGGUUGUGGACAAAUUAUUAAUCGAAGCGCUAAAAUAGCUGCAAUAAAGAACAAACUAAAGGCCAUGGACGAUGAAGAGAGCUAUAAAAACUCGAAAAAACGUAAGCAAAUCGAUACAUCUUGCACAGAUAGCCACCAGAAUCCUUCUCCUGAAAGGUAAUAGGGCUUAAAAGUUUUUUCUUUUUUUCUUUUUGUAAUUUUAUUGUUAUUUAGGUGCUAUCGACUGGUUUUCUGGUAAUGUAUUGACAUUUAUCAAACAGUUGUAUUUAUGGAUGAACAUGGUGACUAAUUUGGUUCAAUGUA